UGUCGCCGUUGCAGCCCUGAGCUCUGCCUGGAGGCCAGCAGACCGCACCAGCUGAAGCGAGCGGAACGCCGCGCGUGUUCACCCACGAGGCCAGCUGUUCCACAGACCCCUGACUUGUUAGUGUUGGAGCUGUGCUUCUGGUGCUCGUCCUGAGCCAUGGAAGCGCCUCUGCGGACGGAGAUGGUGGAGCUGGUGCCCAAUGGCAAGCACUUGGAGGGGCUACUCUCACUUGGAACUCCUGAAGCCGACAACCAGAGGGUGGAAGACCCCAGCCAGAGCUGUGUGGAGAGCAGAGGCUUCCUGCAGAAGAGCCUCAGCAAGGAGCCACACUUCACAGAUUUCGAGGGGAAAACUUCAUUCGGGAUGUCAGUGUUCAACCUGAGCAACGCCAUCAUGGGCAGCGGCAUCCUGGGGCUCGCCUAUGCCAUGGCCAACACAGGCAUCAUCCUUUUCCUAUUCCUGUUGACAGCUGUUGCCCUGCUCUCUAGCUACUCCAUCCACUUGCUCCUCAAGUCCUCUGGGAUCGUGGGCAUCCGUGCCUAUGAGCAGCUGGGCUACCGUGCCUUUGGGACUCCUGGAAAGUUGGCAGCAGCCCUGGCCAUCACACUACAGAACAUUGGAGCCAUGUCCAGCUACCUGUACAUCAUCAAGUCUGAGUUGCCUCUUGUCAUACAGACCUUCCUGAAUCUGGAGGAAAACACCUUAGUCUGGUACCUGAAUGGGAACUACCUGGUGAUCCUGGUGUCUGUCAUUGUCAUUCUGCCCCUGGCACUGAUGCGGCAGCUUGGCUACCUGGGCUACUCCAGUGGCUUCUCCCUUAGCUGUAUGGUGUUCUUCUUAAUUGCAGUCAUCUACAAAAAAUUCCAAGUGCCCUGCCCACUGCUCUCCAACUUUGCCAACGUCACAAGCAACUCCAGCCACACAGAGUUGGCUGAGAAGGCACAGCUGCAGCUCUGCACCCCGAGCUACUUCACCCUCAACUCACAGACAGCAUACACCGUCCCCAUCAUGGCCUUCGCCUUCGUCUGCCACCCUGAGGUGCUGCCAAUCUAUACAGAGCUCAAGGACCCCACCAAGAGAAAGAUGCAGCACAUCUCCAACCUGUCCAUUGCCGUCAUGUAUGUCAUGUACUUCCUGGCUGCCCUCUUCGGCUAUCUCACCUUCUAUGACAAGGUGGAGUCAGAGCUCCUGCACACCUACAGCCUCGUGGACCCACUUGAUGUGUUGAUCCUGUGUGUGCGUGUGGCCGUGCUGACAGCAGUUACACUCACAGUGCCAAUUGUUCUCUUCCCGGUGCGCCGUGCCAUCCAGCAGAUGCUAUUUCAGAAUCAGGAGUUCAGUUGGCUGCGGCACGUGCUCAUCGCCACUGUCCUGCUCACUUGUAUCAACCUGCUAGUUAUCUUUGCCCCCAAUAUCCUGGGCAUCUUUGGGAUCAUCGGUGCCACGUCCGCCCCAUGCCUCAUCUUCAUCUUUCCUGCCAUCUUCUACUUCCGAAUCAUGCCCACCGAAAAGGAACCUACAAGAUCCACCCCCAAAAUUCUGGCCCUGUGUUUUGCUGUGCUUGGCCUCUUGCUGAUGACCAUGAGCCUGAGCUUCAUCAUCACUGACUGGGUCUCAGGGACCAGCCAGCAUGGAAGAAACCACUAGGAAGCCCCUGUCCUGUUUACUUACCCUCGUGUCCUGCCCAGAUUCCCCAGCCCCUCCCCAUCCAAUGGCCAGUCACGGGGAGAAAGAGGGGAGAAUGGCACGUUUUAAAUACUCUGGCAUUUGGCCUAGCCUGUGUCCUCUCCUUGGAAGGUUUGGUGGACCAAACCCCUUUGGGCCACCAUCUGGUGGGCUCUAGAGCUGCUUGGGCUCCCUGAGCUGGGAACAGGGUAGAGUUGUCACCUCAGAUCCCACCAGAACACUUUGUGCCCCACAGCUGUAUAUGCUGAGGCCCGGAAGUUGCCUCCUGAGGUCUACAGCACAAAGAAUCAGAUACCAGGCCUGCAGCCACCCUCUGGCCCUGCUACAAGGCCAGGGUCCACACCCAGAAGCCUCCUCUCCCUCAUCCCACCCAUUUUCCCUCUUUCUAUCCCUCUGGCCCCUUUCACACAGAGGCUCAGACCCUUGAAUACUCUUGUCCUAUGCUUCCAUCCUCCCCCAGGAGGAGACCCUACUCUACUGCUGACUGGGCCCAGCCCAGAAGAUUCUGCUGGAAUGGGGCUAUUGUGGGCAAUGAGGGACCCCAGCUGUCCCUUUAUCAGCUCCGGGGAGGCUGGGCCUCCCCCACCACAAGCCUGGGCCAUCGCUCACAUUCCACCAGUGGAAGAAACUCUGAGCCCAGUGUCCUGCCCUUGGGAACCAAAGAUCCCAGGGGCCAGAUGGAGCAGGGCUGGGGAGGCUGGCAGUUCUUUUAUAAACCUUACAUUUAAGACC